AUGGUCACGACAGAGCUGUUAAUACCACGCAUGAGAAGUGCCCCUGGGCUGCACUCCAAUAUUGUCCCGCAACUAUGCUACACGCGUGCAGGUCACACUCGGCUGAUAUGGAAUGUCGCUGACUACCAACUCCCACUAUUUACCUUGUCUUCUUUCAAACUCAGGGAAGAUCUCGUAGAGCUUCAGAGACCAUACCCUGAUAUCGCUUGGAUUCAGGCGUUUUUUGACUUUGAAACUACAGUCGGCAUUGCAUCUGGCGUGUUCCGCCUUGUACCACUCGCAGAUGGCUCAUGGAAGGCUCAUACCGUCUUCACGAACCUGGAAAAUCUCAAAGGUUUUCCAGAACAGAAUGGGCCCAGACGAGACUACCAGCCAAACCAUGGAAAGUGGGCCGCGAAGUGUGCACGUGAAAUUGAAUGUAUCGACGAAGAGCCCAGCGUCGUAGUCAUAGGAGGCGGGCAGGGUGGGCUCGACGUUGCAGCCCGGCUUAAGAUGCUUGGCAUGAAGACUCUAGUAGUGGAAAAGAACGAGAGAAUUGGUGAUAAUUGGAGAAAGCAUUGGCUAGAAUCAUAUGCACACAGUAUGGAGCUCGACGUUUGGACCAGCGCUACGGUCAUGUCCGUCAUUCCGGGUACGAAGGGAAAGAAAUGGAGUGUCACGGUCCAACGUCCUGACAGAGGCGAGCGUACCUUUGAGGUCAACCAUGUCGUAUUCUCCCUGGGCUUUGGCAGUGGUAUAGGCCGAGUUCCAGAUAUCCCAGGGCAGGACGACUUCAAGGGGCAGAUAUUGCAUUCCAGCCAUCACAAUCUUGCAACUGAUCACGCAGGGAAGAAGGUCGUCGUUGUUGGCGCUUGCACGUCUGCGCAUGACAUAUGUGCGGACUAUGUCGAAAAUGGCGUUGAUGUGACCAUGGUUCAACGUAGCCCGAGUUACAUCAUGUCCACAAGGGAGGGGAUGCCGAGGUUAAUGGGUGAGUUGUCUGGCGGCCCUCCUACUGAUGUCGCGGAUCGCGUGAAUGCGUCUUACCCAAAUUCAUUGCUCAAAUUAGUACACCAACGUGUCACCAAAGACAUUGCUGAUGCAGAUAAGGAGCUUCUUGACGGCCUGCGAAAACGAGGCUUCAAGACAACUUUGGGCGACGACGACUCUGGCUUUCUACUUAUGGCAUGGAAUAAGGGAGGAGGAUACUAUCUCGACGUUGGAGCUUCACAGAUGAUCAUCGACGGGAAGAUUAAACUCAAGAGCGAUGGGCCAAUCUCGCGCUUUACCCAGACAGGUUUACUUUUCGAUGACGGUUCUACUCUCGACGCGGACGUAGUGAUCUUCGCAACUGGCUACGCUGAUGCACGUCAUGCCUAUCGUGCUCUGCUUCCGGAGUCCCUGCAUGAUAAAAUGUAUCCUAUCUGGGGCCUUGACAAAGAAGGAGAGCUGAAUAGCGUCUGGCGCGAAGUUGGUGGGCGCAGCAAGAACGCGGAACUCAAUGGUAUAUGGUGCAUGAUGGGGAACUUGGCGCUUUGUAGGUUCCACUCCAAGCAUCUCGCAUUGCAAAUCAAAUCAUACGAAGAGGGGAUUUUCGGGACAAGGUAUCAGUGAAGAACGCAAUGUGUCCGCACCGUAUGUUGUAUUUGUUCUCAAGGUUCGAGAAGCGGAUUGUACGAGUAGAUUUCAAUGUAUGUGGCACGCAUCCAGGAAUUUUAGAAAUCCUCAGGAAUAUGCUGUGCAACACCUCCCGCCAAUUUCUUGCGCCUGUUGCUGCAUGCUACCACUUUCCUGCACCUGCUAUCCUCUCACUUGCAUUAUGUAAGUGUGUUUUUUUCCUUUAAAUUCCUGUAAAUAAUGGAACCAUUGAAC